AUGUUCAAAGAAUUCGCUCUUGCGCUGGCAGCUGCACUGCCAUUUUCCAAUGCAAACCCCCUGCCUAAUAACCCGUACGAUGCCGUAUGCCACAAAUGGCCUCCCGCGGCGGACGGCCUGAAGGUCGACCUGGGUUACGGCGUCUACGAAGGCUACCACAGCUCGACUACGGACCUCAACGUCUGGCAAGGGAUCCGGUUUGCCGCCGCGCCGCUGGGUGGGCGACGUUUCCGGGCGCCAGAGGUGCCGCCCACCAACCGGCGUCCCCAGAACGCCACGGCCGCUGCACCAAUUUGCCCACAGUCUGCGCCUGCUCUUUCGUCUCCUGAGAUCCAGCAAUUGUUCACUUUGAACGAUCCUCAGAGCGAAGACUGCCUGUUCCUUAACGUCUACGCCCCCGAGAACGCAGAAAAUCUCCCCGUCUUCGUGUGGGUCCAUGGCGGCGGCUACGAACUCGGCGCCAUGACGCCCUACGAUCCUUCGUCACUGAUUAACACGAAUAAACAAGACUUCGUUGCCGUCGUCAUCCAGUACCGCCUCGGCGCCUUCGGCUUCUUGUCCUCCGAGGAGGUGCGACACAAGGGAGCGCUGAACGCUGGUCUGCUGGACCAGCAGAUGACGCUGCAAUGGGUCCAGAAGUACAUCGGCCUUUUCGGAGGUGAUGCGAGCCGCGUCACAUUGGCGGGGGAGUCUGCGGGCGCAGGCUCGGUCAUGAACCAUAUCAUUGCUUAUGGCGGAGCUCAGGGGGAUCAGUUGUUCUCCAACGCAAUCGCGGCUAGCCCUUUCCUCCCGCAGUACUUCGAGUACGACUCGCCAGAGGUCGUCAGCACUUACCAGGAAUUCGCGAAGCUGGCUGGCUGCGCUGACAACCAUUCCGAUGUCUUCGAGUGCCUUCAAGCAGCUUCCAGCGAAGCUUUAAUGUCUGCCAAUGAAGAAAUUGCGACGUCCGCUCUCGUCGGCAUAUUCGAAUUCAAGCCGGUUGUUGAUGGUGCGUUGAUCAAACAGCGACCAAGCCAGGCACUCAAAGGCCACAUGAACGGCAAGCGUCUGUUGACUGGCAACAACGCCAAUGAGGGCUACCUCUUCAUCCCGCAGAACAUCACAACAUCAGACGACGUCGUAGACUUCCUGCGCACCUACUUCCCACGCCUGACCAACGACGACAUCACCAAGAUCCUCGACGUCUACCCCACCCCGGACGUCCCCGACAGCCCCUCCACCCCGAAGUUCCCCACAACAGGCGACCACCCGCCCACCGCCGUCAACCAGUCCGAGCUAGCAAUCGGCCACCAGCAGGUCGCAAACGCCAUCUACGGCGAAAUCACCUUCGUCUGCCCGGCAUACUGGCUCGCGUCCGCCUUCGCCAAGCAGGGCCGCGACGCCUUCCAAUACCAGUUCUCCGUCACCCCGGCCUUCCACGCGCUGGACAUCCUGCACUACUUCCCCACGCCCGCCUUCCCCGUCGGCGCCAGCGUGCAGACGGCGAUGCAGAAUGCGUUCGGGGCGUUCGUGACGGGCGACGCGCCGCCCGCUGGGUGGCCGCGGUACGAGCUGCGCGAGCCGCGGAUGCGGAAUGUGAAUGCGACGGGCGGCACGCCGUUCGAGGCGCUGGGGUUGACGUUUUAUGUUGAUCCGGGGGUGGAGUUGGAUGAGAGGACGGUGAGGGCGGAUGAGUGGGAGGGCGGGCGCGCGGCGAGGUGUGAGGUUUUGAGGGGGUUGGGGGAGGUGUUGGUCAUCUAG